UGUUCCUCUGACUAGUUUCACCACAAACAAGUAGAUCCUUCUCCAGGCCAGGGUGUGGACCGAAGCAAUCCGGCCCUUCAUCAUCUCCUCCUUCCGGCAGACGCUGGAUUUUCCCAUUUCAGCAGGGAUAACGAGAGAGUGAUUUCCUGGAGACGAGAGAGAGAGAGAGGUUGUGCUGGGCAGAGGACGGACACGCCAUGGCUUACCGGUUCACAGAAGCAGAACUCGACGUGGUCAAAGAGGCCUUCACACAUUUUGACACGGACGGCGAUGGGGUGAUCACUUCGUCGGAGCUGGGAGAAGUCAUGCGCUCGCUUGAGCACGUGCUGGUCAACCUGAGGGAGACGUUCACGGACGAGAAGGUGGAGGAGAUGAUGAGACAGGUGGACGCCAACUCGGAUGGGAAAGUCACCUACGAGGAGUUUGAGAAGCUGAUGGUGGCCAGAGACCCCCGGAGCCCUGCACUCUAGGUACAGGUUAAUCUCACAUUAAAUGCACAG